UGGUUGUUGACAGUGACAGUUUUUGUUUGUGGUCAAGUCAAAGUUUUUAAAUGUUAACCCCAAUUUAGAAUAAUUAAACUUACAUAGGCCUACGUUCAUUUUUGUUUGUUUCAAUUAAACAAGCAAUAAGAUGCAGCCUAGCUAGCCUAGGUUUUUUUUUUUACCAAAAAGAUGGUUCAAUAUAGGCCUAGGCUAUGUUUUGAGCGUUUCUUGUGUUUUCUUUAUGGAGUAGAAAAUAUUAAAUUAUAAAUUGGUUUCUUUGUGGAUUUGGUGUUAUUUAAGUUACAAUGUAAGUUUUAGGCCUACCUUUUUAAUUGUUAUUUAACUUACAAGACUCUAAAUUUGUUUGGAGGCCUAAACACAAGUUAACCCAUUUUGGAAGACUAUUUAGAAAUGAGUGCUAAUAUAAAUAAAGGCAGGAGGAGAAAUGUUUUACCAUCACCUUAUUUCAAGACUGAGAGUCAUUUGCUAACUUCUGCUGCUCAAAGCAGCACAAUAACAAGUGAUAUUAUUAGCAGUUCUAAAAACAAGGGAAAAAUCAGCAAGUCUUCGGUAGAGUCUAACAGAGAAGAUCCAAGACUAGGCCUACCUUUUUCUUUCUUUAAUACACCUUGUGUAGAGUUAGCAAAGGCACUUCUUGGGAAAAUAUUGGUUCGUAAAAUGUUAAACGGUGUUUUAUUGAAAGGUAUAAUUGUAGAAACGGAGAGCUAUUUAGGAGGACUGGAUAAGGCCUCAAUAUCAUAUGGUGGUAAGAUAACUGAAAAAAGCAAGCCAAUGUACAUGAAACCUGGAACUACCUUUGUUUAUUUAACUUAUGGAAUGUAUAAUCUCAUAAAUAUUUCAAGUCAUGGUGAUGGCGCAGCUGUUCUGCUAAGAGCACUAGAUCCUAUUGAAGGUUUAGAACUCAUGGCAACCAACCGAAAUGGAUUUCAACCUAAUAAAAAUAAACCUAAAAAAGAAUUAAAAGAAAUUCCAUCUCAUCAGUUAUGCAACGGUCCAGCCAAGUUAUGCAUUUCAAUGGGCAUUACAAAAGAAAAGUGUAAUAUGCAGGAUUUGACUACUUGGAGUGAAAUGUGGGUUGAAUCUGGUGAAGAUAUACCUGAAGAGCGGAUUGUUAAAAGCUCUAGAAUAGGUAUAGAUUCUGCUGGAGAAGAGUGGGCCAAAAAGCUUCUGAGAUUUUAUGUGUUAAAUAAUAAAUCUGUCAGUAAAAGGGACAAAGUUCAAGAAAGUUUAUUGCUUUGCACAGACUGAGAGUUAAACACAGUUUAAAGCCAUGGUUGAAAUAAUCUGUAAAUAUACCUUCUUUUACACACGGGCCAACAGUUAAAUUAUGUCCCUUAUUUAUGAAUUGAUAAAUAUGUCAAUAACAUUAUUUUUUCUCUAGGGGUUCAAAUAAAUACAAAGUUGUUGUA